AUGUCGGUGGCUCUCGUCUGGCGGAUCCUCAGCAAGGGAACGAACUCGCAGCUGCUGCAAGUAAGGACGGGAGAGGUGGUGAUGGCGACACCGCGGGACUCCGUGCAGAUCCAGCUGAUGGGUGAGGCAUCCAGCCGUUUAGCAGGCCCAGGCGCUCAAGACGUUGCUUCAGAAUCCGUCGACAGCCGCCUUUCAACCCCGCGAAGACCGGCCAGUACAGCUCGCAAGCGACGCCUUCCAACCGCCGGCUCGAGCAAGAGCUCCAGAGACGAUCCGUCUGACGGAAGGAGCAGCGACCGCAGCAGCAGCACCGUCACGAAGAGCAGCAAAGGCAGGGCCGGCGUGAAGACGCCCUUCGACAUGGCCAAGCACGUUUUCCACCUGCUCUUUCUAGAGGUGGACUUGGACCGGUCCGGAUGCAUCGACAGCAAGGAGUUCGGGGAGAUGCUGCUACAGCUGGGGAAGAACGUCGGGCCCGACGUCGCGCGCCACUGUGUCGUCAGCUACGACAUCGACCGAAGCAACACCAUCGAAGCCGACGAGUUCGUCGAUUUCAUGACCCACGAGUUCCUUGCGCCGGCCCUGCCUUCUCCCGGAGUGCUCUGCGAGACCUCGGGCAACCGUGCGUGGACCAUCCCCAGGGAGGGCCGGUUGCGGAUGACGGUUUUGGCGGACUACGUUGCCCCCGCUCCUAUCGAAGUGGCUUCUCAGGAAGCUGUCGACUCACUCAUCUCCAACAUCAGAUACUCCGCAAAGACAGAGCAAGACAGGCUGGAGAUGUUUCAGCUAGCGACGGAGAGUAUGUUGUUGGGUUCACCCCUUGCCCACCUCUCCUUGUUUGCUUCCAAGGGCACCGACUUCUACAUGACAAGUUUCAACGCCCAGGCUUUGAUAGACGAGUGGAACAACGGCAUGAAUCUCGUCGACAUUCUGAAGAUAUUACUGCCACAGAUGUCGUCAGAUCGGAACGUGGUGUCUCUUAUCGAGAACAACUUAACCUACGCGCAGAAGCUGGAGCUGAGGAGCAAACUUGGCCAGGUACCGGACACCCGAAGUAGCACCGGUCACAUCCUGGGACGACAUUUCUUCUUUGCCCUGAGAAAAGCAUCGCCUGGGGCCCUCUCGUGGGCAACGACGGGCAGGUAUUGCCUAGAUACGUCGGACAGGAAGCACCUUGUCGCUGCGAAGCGGCUGGCCAUGAUCAACCACGCGGAAAAGGGCCACGGGAUCUCGGGAGCGGCGGGAAGGCAUGACACAAGCCAGCACCGUGCAGAGAGCGACAGCAUGGCUUCCAGCCGCUUCCCCGCAGCCACAGACCAGUGGGAGAAGACGUCCAUGCCCGUGUGCUAUCCAGAGAAGGACACUGGCAAGUGGCGGUUGUUCCUCAACUUCACAAAGCGGAAGGGAGACAAGGCGAAAAGACAGCAGAGUUCAAGGACAGGCUGGGAGUACAGCCAUCACGGCAAGCUCUACAAGCGCACGAUGAGAGAUCCAGUCCCAUCCUCAGCAGCUGUGGCGGCAGCGGCUGCGCUUCCAGCAGGCAAGUCGUAA